AUGACACACCCCCUCUUUGCUUGUACUAACUUGUGGUAGAAAAGCUUGUAGCUAUACAAGCAGCUGCUAUAUAAUAAAGCUUCUAAGUUAAAUAGCAGCCUAGCCUAGCUUCUAAUAUUCCAGUUAUUUAGUGGCUAUCUCUGCAAGACUCUCCAAACAAACACUGUGGUUGCUCGCUCACACUGGUGGUCUAUAAAGAGCUGAGUAUGCAUCUCCUAUUGUAAGGCUACAAUACCUCAACUGAUAACAAUAAGUGCUACACACCCACAACACUGACUGACUGACUGGACAAGACAAGUAUGGCUAGUGCAAAGAGAGUCAGUCGCGAGGCGUACGAAGAUCUGUGCAGACUUAUUCAGCAUUGGAAUGAAAACAGACUCGAACUGUUCGAGAUUAGCGUGCCAAAUGAGAAUCUUGAUUUUGAGGGCAUCAUGAGGUUCUAUUUCCAGAACAACAGCUCUGCUAAAGGCUCUGAUACGGAGAAGGUGGCCACCAAGUGUAUCCGUGUCUCCAACUCUGCCACCACUGAAGUGGUUAUCAGAGCACUAGUGCAAAAGUUCCGACCUGACAUGCGAAUGCUAUCCAGCCACUCCUAUGCUCUGUACGAGGUCCAUGCCAACCAAGAUGAGAGGAGACUGGAGGCCAACGAGAACCCUCUCCUAGUACAGCUGGGUUGGUCACGUGAUGACAGAGACGGAAGGUUCCUGUUAAGAUCAGAAACUCACUCAAAAUCAAGCCAGAAAUCUGACAAAAAAGUUCAGAAAAAACGAGUUGCACGACGUGGAAAGAAAACGUCUAAAAAAGAAAGAAUCGAAGUUGAAGGCAGUAAAGAUGAAGAGGAUGGUGGUGGACGUAUUGCAAGGUCACUAUAUAACAUGAUGCCAGAGUCACGGUUCACUCGAAGCAUAUCCGUUAAGAAUCGUCGUAACCUUCUAUCAAGACAGAGCCCCGACAAGCUAUUCCGUAAAGACAGCACGACCAGAAAUGAGCUCAAGAUAUUCGCUGACUUUAUUCUCCCGGACGUGCCAUGUAUUUCACUACUGAUAUCGGAUAAGGACACUACAGCACAGGUCGUGAAGAAUGCUCUAGACCGUUACGGCCUUCGCGAGGAUAGUAGCAAGUUUGGAUUGGUUCAAGUUAUGGUGCCAACUUUCGGUAGUGAGCCGCACUUGAACGUUGAGCUAAAUGAGCGAAUGUUGGGUGAUAACGAACACCCACACCACGUGUACAGUGAGUGGGAGGCUGGGUCCCACAGAGGCACAGCUACACAGUUCCAACUUCGUAGGAGGUCGACGUUUCUUCGUACCCAAAGAGAGUCACGAUCAAGAUCGAUGUCGCCUGAAGAUGACCCCUCUGUACCCUCCCUCGUUGAGAUAUUCCAAGGGGCCCAAAGUCCACCGCAAAGUCCACGCAAGUUUGGACUGUCCCUAGAACUGACUGAGAUUGGCAGCAAUGUUGCUCUACUGGACAAAAGUUAUAUCUGCCUCACCUCCAACGGCAUUAAGCCGCGACAUUGCGUCAUCUCUUCAGUGAACGGUAUCUUUACAAUUUCUCCUCUAGACAAAACAGCACUCAUCACAGUCAACGGUAAAUUCAUCAAGGAGCCAAACUUUCUCCCACACAACGCAGAGAUUAAACUCGGAGAUAGGGAGAUGUUUCGAUUCUUCGCUCCAGUGGAGAACAAGUUGUUCACGUCCAGUAUGCACACGCUCCCCUCCCAUAGACCUAGUAGCAGCCGGGGGGCAGUCAGUCCACCACGUCAGGAGCGCAUGACCUCCCUGCCCAGGACUGAGAAUAUUUCAAAGGCUUUCUCUGUUGAGGACAUGUGUAGUCCUGGCUUCACCUCGAGUCGUUUUGAUGGUCGUCUCAAAGACAGAGCUUUCUCUGAGCAUAAUCUCAAGGUUGAUGAUCGAUCCAGUAGUGGGUACGGAAGUGGGCGUGUUCAGAGGAAGCUAUCUGAGCCUAACUUUUUGGAGGAGGGUUACUUGGUGGGGAACAGGUCAAAGCAUGGUGGCAGUGACUCUCAUUUCGGCACAUUUCCAUCCUCUAACAAGAAGCGUCACGUGGCACUGUCGGCUGCAGGGGACAAAGGUCAUGAGGGGGUGGAGUCAGACUGGGUCUUGCCCGCCUCCCUCUCGUUCUACCAAGCCCAGGAGACACGCAUACUGCAACUCAUGAUCUCAGAGGUGAACGGCUACCUGCUGACAUUCAAGCUAGCCCCAGCUUGUGGUCUAUACAUGGUCCUGAGACACCACCUCUCCCCCGAGUACUCCACCACUGAGAGACGGAAGUGCCUCACUCUCACCAUCAAACACAUUAUCAUGCAGUUCAAGAAGUCCAUCAAGGAGAGUCGGACUGUGGCUGGAGCCCUGGCCUUCUGGAUGGCCAACUGUUCUGAGUUCCUCCACCUCAUCGGCCAGGACCCACAGCUGGCUGCCAUAUCAGGAGAGUUCAGCACUUCUCUGUCCCAGGUCAUGCACACAGCGUUCAAGUGCUUCACGUCCUGCAUGACUAGAGAACUGGGCUUGUUCUUGCCUGCUAUCUAUGAUGAAUCACUCGAGGCAGACUCGGAGGAGGGAUAUAUAUCUGGAGGAGAGAGUACCAUCUCCGGAGGGACUGGGAAGGAGUUAGACUCGUUGAAUCGAUCGUCACUAUCUCGCCCAACCAGUUUGACUGGUAUGUAUUGGUCUGUUGCAGGGUCUAAAGUCCGUCGUCGUGGACGACCAACCAUCGGAGACGUACUGACGACACUGAGUUCGACUGUAUCAUUAUUGAAACGCUGUCGUGUCAACGCUAUGCUAUCAGUGAUGAUCUUCUCACAGCUGUUUCGUUACAUCUCUGCCAAGCUGUUCAACAAGUUACUCAAUGACAGCAAGUUGUGCACGAGGGCUAUGGCUGGGAAGAUGAAGCGACGACUCGAGCGAGUGAGAGAGUGGGCGGAGAAGGAAGGAAUGGAGCUACCAGCACAGGACCACCUGUGUCUCAUUAUGGAGGCCUUACAUCUGCUGCAGUCUGUCAAGAAACUCCCCGAGGACGCUCCUCACUUGUUCACACAUGUCUCUAAGCUCAACUCCCACCAGAUGCACACACUCCUGCGUCACUGCUCAAUGGCCGACAACGAUCAAACUGUCAACACAGCCUUUGCUGAGCAGCUUGUACGCUUUGCACAGAUUGACGAGGGACUGGCUAGUGAGGGGGUGGAGCUUGAGGUGGAUCCGAACCCUGACCUCCCAUUCUUAGUUCCCCAGAGGGGAUACUUCACUAACUCUCUGCGGGGGGUCCCACCAGGACUGCACGAGUUCCUGGAACCCCUCGUCAGCUCAGGUCUGUGUAAGCUGGUGCUAGCCACCAAGGAGGAGAACCCUCAGGGAGUGUGGGUACCCCCGGAGAGGGAGGUCCUCUCACCAACAUGCUCUGGAAGUCUGUCCAACAUCCAGUCAUUGUCAGGACACCCCCUCGGCUCUAGUAAGACUCUCCCCGCUUUCCAAUCGUCCAAUCGCCUUGCAGCCGUGCCAACAUCAGUUGAAGAUGUUGUGAUGGUCCGUGUCAAUAUUAAGAAAGACACUCACUCCCUGGGAAUCAGUAUCAUCGGAGGGAAGAGUUCAUCGAUGCAUGGAGAUACGUGUAUUGGGAUAUUUGUCAAGUCCAUGGUGGAGGGUGGAGCUGCUCAUGUGGAUGGACGCAUACAGCCUGGCGACCAACUCCUUGCUGUUGAUGGGCGGAGCCUCGACGGAUGCAAACAAGAAGAGGCUGCUCAGAUCCUACGUAGCACUGGAAAAGUGGUUAACCUGACUGUUGCUAAGCAGACGGCCAUGCUCUGUGGCGUCUCUCAUCUGAUUGGCCACCCAUCACCUAGAUACCCCAGGAAACUGGACCGUCUCAAUGAUGCCUCCUCACACGCUCGUAAGGCACUCAAGAAGCAAAAACGUGAACAAAGAGAAAGACAGCUUCAAGAACGAUUGCAACAAAGAGACUUUAAACUCGAAAGAAGAAAACCCCCACCGUCCGACCUCCCACACAGACCACAGGAGCUCUACCCUUCCCACAGCAUGCCCCCCACAGACUCUAGACCCCCUCCUCACUCUAACCCCCAGUUUGCCAAAUGGAUAAUGGAACAAAACCCACGCUAUUAUUAUUCAGAGAUGGGCAGCGAGGUUGACCUACGGAGCAGCAUGUCCUCCCUGGCCAACAUACCCGAGAGAGACCAUCCUGUCAACACUGAGCAAAGCUAUUUCGAUUCGACUGCUCGAUACAACUAUGAGCAGAGUGUGUACAGACCUGGCACGCCCCCACAACGAGACUCCUCCCCCUCUAAGAUGCCCGAACAACCCUUCACUACCUUUGGUUCAUCAGUCACUAUAGACACUCGACAUGUGCCUGACUCCCACGCUAAAUUCAACGAGCGGAUGACAUUAGAAGCUGACACUCAUAUGCCCUCGGUUCCAAACCCACAAUUAACUUCCUCAGGGCGUUACAAGGAUGCGUUUAGCUCAAUCAGCUCUCAAUUGACGAUGGAGUCUCAGCCUUUCAGUCAGCAGGCAGCCUCCAGUCAGCAACAGCAUCAACACUUAGACAAACUAAGUAUGGACGUCAUGCACCACACACAACUGAGUGGAGUUUCCAUUCAGGGGAUCACUUCUCUCAUUCCAAAACAUCGUGGGGGGUCCACCGCGGGGGAGGGGCAGCUUGACAGAAGGGGGCUCAAGAAAUUGGAAGCAGAGUUUAAAAUGGACAUGGACGAUAUUGAUUUGGAGAAACAACGCAUUCAGUUUAUGUUUCAUGAGCAGCAAAAACAGAAGGAGCUUCAAGAAAUGGCCGCUCUGGCCAAUGCUCCGAGUUCAAAGGUCAUUCCCGUGUCAGAAGAUGAUGAAGAGAUAGAGGACAAUCAUGACGAACCGUUGCCAUGGGAACACGUGCGCCAGGAGCUCGAGUCACUGGAAGAUAUGGUCAGUGCCCAGCGAAAGAAAUACAGAGAGAUAAAGUUUUCACGCGAAAGGGAAGAGCUCAAACUAAAGGAGAUCGAAAUGAAGUUCCGAGAACAAGAAAUGGCCAGUGGAGCGUUUGUGCUCAACUCUGGGGACCAAAAACGAUGGCAAUCAGAUAAGAGAAGACUCUCAAAGGAACUGGACCGACUUAAGAACGAUCAAAACGAUGCUAUUCAAAAAAUUCAGAACAGCGAACGACGUGCAAAGACAAAGUUGAAGGCGUACGAAACACAAGCAAGUGAGCUUCAACAACAACUGAACAUUUCCACGCCCGCUGCCCCUAGUCCAAAUAUGGCAAUGAAGAAUGGCUACGAAUCGUCCGACACAGUACCCUCUAAACUAACCUCUGACUACAAGCAGGGGCCAGGAGUCAGUGGUUAUCAUGACGUCGAUGUACGGGCACACUCUGAGAUGAAGUGGAUGGAUGCCCCAACUGCUAACAGAGGGUUUACCAACACAAUGAGCAUUGAUGAUAACAUUUUCGAGCCACCGGAUUUAGCACGAGAACCUAUGAACACCAUAUCAGCAUCUUGUCUCACAGAGCCCACUCAGGACGAACCAAGCAGAUGGUCCGGCUACAAAUCCAGUACUAUAGAUACAGCUCUGUUCCCACCAGGCAAUCCAAGAGACACAGAAGAUACGUUUAAUAGACGAGGGGAAAGUUCAAACAUUCACAGAGGAUUUAGAGCAAUAUCCAUGGAUCAUAUUGAAGGCAGUCAGAGUGUACCAAGUAGAGAAGUAUUGGAGGGUCGAAAGGACAGACUCCCAAUUCGUCGAGGGGCGAGUUUAAACCCAAACCAACCUGAGAGGAAAGAGGACAGGAGCAGUCCCACUAAAGUGCCGAUAUAUGCCAUCCCUGAAAGGAGUGAGCCUGUACAACCCACCUACGAUAUUCCCACUCGACACCAGCAUAUGACAUUCAUGCAGCCCACUCAGACGCAACCAGCAGGACGUUACUCUAGACACAAUCGAUCAAGAGGGGUGCAAUACACCAAAGUGCUCUUACAACCCACCAGUGACAGUCACAUGACAGACUCAUCCAAGAAGGAGCCUUUGGGCGAUGAUAUAGGAGCACCAGAUGUUGUCCCUGCCUCGUACAUGUCCCCCCUCCCCGCACACAUCCCAUCCAGACCCAAUGAGAGGAACCAUUCACCAGGCAGUCGAUCGUCCCCUCAGCAACCCUCCCCUCAACCAGCAGAUCCUUACUAUGCCGUCCCAGUACCAGCAUACAUUGAGAGAGCCCACCCUCCAACUAAUACUUCAUCUCUGCCUAGACAAAGCUCUGAGCUCAAGUCUCCGGUCAUGCAACAAACCUCACGUCCUGCACUAGAAGGGGCAGCAAACGGUGGCAGAAACUCUCCCUCCGUAUACGACCAACCAAAGGGCUCCCCCUCCAUUAGACCCAACUCAGCCUUGUCUUCACGAACAGCUGUGUACGAUGUGCCAGCUGCUGCACACAAACAGUGGAACUCCCCCUCACCGUACGAGAGCAGACAACCAGACGCUCACGCUCGCGUCAAUAAUAUCAAGCCCAAACCUAACGCUGGACAUCGGUAUGGGAUCAUGAAACCACACAGCUACAGUCGCAGUCGUCCCGAUUCCGUUCAACAACAACAACCAGUGAAUUUAGACAAUGUUAAGGUGUAUAUGGAUCGUGCCUACAAGAACCCCGGCCCCAGGCACCCGCCAGAGAGGGUCCAGAGGCAGCAAACUGAACUCUAGAUUCAUUACAUACCUAUACCGUGCAUGCAUGCUGUCAGUCAUUAUAAUUUAGCUCAGCACUUUUUAAAGCAUCUUUUGUGUAUUUUGUUGUGAUUAUUAUUGUGUAGAAUGAAA